AAGUUCCCAUAAGAAAUCUCCUCAAAGGGAACCAAAGGAGUGGGAGGCUUAGGCCAGCUGAAGUGUCUUCUGAAUCAAGUUUGGAACGUGAGGUACUGUAUGGCUUUUUUGAGGAAGACAAAGAGGUGGAAUAUUUCAAGAAAUCCAUUGAUUCCAGAUCUAUUGAUAAAUUGAUUGUUGCAGUAAGAGACACCCUUAAGAUCCUGAAAGAGAGAGCAGAAAUAAAGAUUCAGACAUCCAAAAGCAAUAAAACGUAUUUUUCCCUUCGUACUACUAUUAAGGAGCUCAUCCUUAAUGAGUGGUCAAUACCAGAAAAGAGGUUAUCUCUUAAGGGAAAAUUGCCUAGAGUAUGUCUCUUCGAUUCUAAAGAAAGUAGGAAUUGA